AUGUCACGAGUUUGUCCUCUCUGCCGCUUUCUCGCCACCGUUACGAGGGGCGAACAAACCGGUAUUAUGAUUGAACCAUGGGAUGGUUAUCAGGCAUAUUUAAGUGUACUCGACAAGCCGCAAUCAUGUUCAGCGUUUGGGCUUCGUUAUUCCAUACAUACCAGCAGCGAUGAUGUUUAUCUCGGGAGCAAUGAUGAUUAUAUCAACUUCAAGUACAUCCAAGACUGGCUCCAAGAAUGCCAAAGUCACUCUCACUCAACAAGCCAUGAUUCAGAAGUCGAAACACUUAACGAAUCCCUCCCUAGUGAGGUCCCAUUUUACCUGAUUGAUAUUCGGACACUAUCGAUCAUAGAGGGAUCCUUGGGCCAUAAAUAUGCAGCGUUAAGUUAUGUCUGGGGCAAGAUUUCUUUCAGCAUGCUGAAGCUUGAAGUGUUCAAUCUCCAGGAGAUGAAAUUACCGGGCAGUUUAGAUCAGAGAUGGUCCAACAUCCCGCACACAGUUCGUGACGCGAUUGUCUUGUGCAAAAAGAUCAACAUGCCAUUCCUUUGGGUCGAUUCGCUAUGUAUUGUCCAGGAUAGUACACACAAAUCACAGCUGAUAUCGAACAUGCACCUGGUUUACAUGAAUGCCACCUUUACCAUUGCCGCUGCAACUGGCAAUGAUGCAAACGCGAGGCUGCCCGGUGUUGAAAUACCUGUGAAAUACGGGCCUAUCCACCCCAUAUGUGCCACAUCCUCAAACUCCUUGUUUGCCUAUCAGCGGCACAAGUCAUGUUUGGAGACAUUAUUGCAAAGUUACUGGUUUUCAAGGGGCUGGACGUUUCAAGAACAUUUUCUCUCUCAAAGACUCCUUUGCUUUACAAAACAUGACCUGAUUUUUCUUUGCCCGGAGAGUACAUUCUGCCAGGAUUACCUCACUGGGAGGAUUUUAAAAGAAGAGUCUGAUCCAUGGCAGGACGGCGAGCCUGUAUACGAACUGCUACUUUCAGCUAGCAGUGGAGGAUUACACUCUCCCGAAGCCCUAUACGACCAUAUAUUACCCUGCUAUAUUGCUCGCUCGUUGACAUACGAUACGGAUGCACUGAGUGCGUUCUCUGGAACACUAGCACGCUUUGAACCAUACCUGGGCGAACACUGGAACGGGCUUCAUCGGUGUGGCUUCACCCUUUGGCUGACAUGGAUAGCCUUGUACGACAAUACCUUAACCCGACGCGAGGGCUUCCCAAGCUGGUCAUGGGUGGGGUGGAAAUGGAGUAAACCCAACUCCCAGAUCUUAGCUUGCACAUACAUCCCUACCAAGGAGUGGCAGUCAGUGUAUUGUUACCGGAUUAAAGAUGGGAUUCUGCAGGAGUUCGGAGCCAGCCUUCCACUUGGCCACUCCCUUGGCCGUGUUUCCAACACCGAGGAUCUCCAGAUUGAGAGACCUACCCAGAGAGAACUUGAUGGCUUUCCUCGUUCCUGUAUAACUAUUGGUGAAGAAAGUCAGUACUUGGUGUUUUGGACAGCUGCGAUAUCGAUGGAUAAGUGCAGGGAAUCUAUGGAUUUUGAUGAUAUCAAAGCCAGUUUCGAGAAUCACAUGGGCAAUGGAUCUUUAGUAUUCACGAACAAGUUUUCACUCGUUCUUAUUACAGCAAAAACAGAGGCAGAGCUUGCCAUUGUCAUGCCAGUUCAUUGGGUUGACGGGGUCGGUUAUCGUCGAGCUUUAAGCGAUGUCGCACUUUCUACAUGGGAGGAUUUGGAACCCGAGCGGAAAUUAGUGGUUCUACGGUGA